AUGAACAUUUGUUUUUUUUUCUGGGUGCUCUUCAUGCAGGCGCUCCAAGGGCAAGAGAUAGAAAAACUCUCCGAAGCACUUGACAUCCAGCAAAAGAUGGGCUUCUUCUUUGACGACGAAAUUAUGAAGCUACGCCACAGCUGGAUAGGGAGUCCUGCUUCUCUCCACAUGCUUAAAUACUUGGGAUACGCCCAGAGACUCCGUAAUUACUCGCCUGGGAUAUGCAUAGAUUUUUCCUCCGCCAAAACAAGACCGAAUAACCCGAAUAACCCGAUUCUAGCAGAGUUUUUAAGGGGGAUUUCAGCAUCUAUUCCGUCCCUUGAUAGGGCAUACCCGCCUGAAGACCCGAAUAACCCGAAAGAUCUGAACAGGUUUUACACUGUUUUUCUUCAGAUGUUCCCCCGGGAGGAGACAUUCGGGUGGAAAAAGCCCUUCUUUUUGGUAUUUCUCGAAAAAGCAUGCUCUGAGCAGGAGGCAAGUUGCUUUUUGGCGAGUCUUUUCUUGCUGAGCGAGGGCGUGGAUGUGCCCAUUCAGGAAAAAGACGGGAACAUUUUCCUGCCUUUUGAAGGAAAUGAGCUUAUACGUCUUAAUGUUUCCAUCCUAGGAAAUGCGAACCUGAAAAUGGACAGAAAUUCUCUGAAAAUACUUUCUCAGAUAAUUGAUUUUUUUAAAACUUUUCCCUUUCAGAGUCUCCCCAAUGCUUUUAGCGAGUUCGAAAAAGGCAAAUUUCUAGAAAGCAAGAACUUUCUUAUUGCAGCAUUUAUGGGGGAAUACGCUAAAAGUGCGUGCUUUUUGGAGACUUUCUACAACCAGAUAUUUUCGCUCAUAACAGCCAUUAGAAAUACGCAAACGAACAACCGCAACAAGAUAGACGCACUUUCUCGAACAUAUUUUGCCUACUCCCGCAUAUUCACGCCUUUUGGAAUCCCCGAGGAAAUUUUUUCAGCGCAAAUUUCUUCCCUUAUAAACGUGCACGCGAGUAUAAAAGCGUGGAAAAAUGAAAAACUUUUAAAUCAGGGGAGUUUCCAGAUCUCCCCAGAGAAGAAGUUCGGCUCCUCGGAAAAUGGGUGCACAAAUCCUGAAGUAAUCUACGCACUGAACAGCGAUAAAGAUGACCCACUUUUUUACGCUGAAAUGGGCCUAUACACUCUCCUUAUAACCCUCUCCUACAAUGCAGAAAAAGAAACUUACGACUUUUCCAACAUAUUAAAAUCCCGGAUGCAGGGAACUUCAGAAGAAAGCAAAAAUGACUUUUUUGUUUUUUACUCAUUUUUCUCCGAGAUUAAAAAGGAGGCAGAAAAGUGCAAAGCCUAUGGGAAUAAUCCUGUCAAUUUAUUGAAAACUUUUGUUCAUUAUCCCUACAGGAUCCCGUACCUGAAAAGCUGCUUAAUGUCCAAAGAGUAUAAAGGAUCUGCAGAUUUGCUUCCCGUCCUUGAGAAGGUCCUGGGAAUCUGUGGAGUACCCGGAAACUCCGGGGAGAGUGAAAACCAUCGUAUGGAAUCAACCAUCAGGUCCCUCCUCCUUCCUUUUUUGGUGGAUGAAAAUGCAACAAUUUCAGUGGAAGUUUUUCCUUCGGAUUUCUCGUCAGGUUCCUCGUCAGGUUCCUUGUCAGGUAUCAACAUAAAAAUUCUGCACUCUCCCCCCAUUCGAAAGAAGGAAAUUUUCACGAAUAUUUUCUUCCUGGAUAAUUCCCAGACCCGAAUCGGGCAGAAAGUCAGCAUAACUCCUUUCUCCCUCGAAGAAAAAGUUACACUUUUAUCCCACAUACAGGCCCUCAAAAAAAUCCAGGCAUUCUUUAGCUUCCUGGUUCUAAAGUGUGUUGAAAAGGCAAAAAACGAUACAGUUUAUGAUCCAGAAGAAGUUGCAAACUCUUUUAUAUACACGCUGAAGGAGGCAGUAUAUCGCCAGCCUGUGGAAAUGCCUCGCCUUUUCCUGCUGGACUUUGCCUCGAAGAAAGAUAUCGUGCAGGCUCUUACAAUAUAUAUUUUCAUGCGGGAAACAGGCAAUGCUUCUGAGAUAACUCCUGUUUUGCGGUUUAUAAAAAAUUUUAUAGGGCAUGAAACUGAAAAAUCAGGUGCAGACACGAAUACUAAUGAAAAAAUAUGGAAAACACUUAUCCCUGAUUUACACAUUCUGAGCGAGUACCUGAAAAAUCCCAGGGGGCUCUGGUUCGGGUUUUUCCUGCGGAGUCUGGACCUUCCAAGGUACGUCCAGAUUUUCUCCAGUUUGGGCGGGCCAGGGUUUUUGCUUGAAAAUUUUGUAAUGCACUUUUUCAGGUACUACAGAUUUUUUUCAGGUUAUCCCAUAAAAUGCUGCAAGUACCUGAAAUCCUCUGGAUGUUUGAAAGUGCUUUUGGGGGUAGUUUUCCCCAGGGAUUCCCCAGAGAAUGCCUUGGAGAUUUGCCACCUCAUUUUAUCAGAAUCUGAACGUGACAGUUACAGCGAAAACCUAGUUAAUUUCCUCUGCCACUCCUGGAUUGCGCUCUUGCUCCUGGAAGACGACUUUGAGAAAAAACACAAAAAUUCAAUUGCUUUAAUACUCCAAUAUAUUAGGACUGACAGGCCGUGCUUUUUAAAUUCGAGGGAUUUUUCUGCGGAGUUUGCUCCCGAAUGCGGGGGUUUUCUGAUCCUGCACUUAGAGCGCAUAAAAGACGAGUUAGUGAAAAGGUGCGGAAUAGAGAAGUAUGCCCUUCUGGAGAACGUUUAUAUGUUCCUGCUCGCGCAAACGGCACAAUGCGCUACCAUAUACCCGAGUAUGCACAAGAAUUAUUACACAGCGUGUGCUAAGUCACAAUAG